AUGUAAAAUAUUGACAGUGUCAAAAUCAAAUUUCUUAGAAUACUUAUAAAGCAUCGAUUCGUUAAAAGAUUUCUAGGCAAAUAAAAAUUAACUGAAUAAUCAUAUUUUACUGUAAAUUAAGGAGCUUUGGCUUGUUUCAGCGAAUUAUGUUAAUCUUUAUCAUGUAAUAAUCGCAUCAUGUACUAAAAUUAUAUAACUUAGUGAAGUUAAUCUAUCAGGCUGUAAUAUCAAUGUAUACUUUGCAAUUGAGUUAGCCAAUCUAGUAUAGAAAAAUACAAAUAUUGAAGUAUUGCAAUUAGCUAGUUGCAAGUUGAAUUCAUUUUCACUAAGCUGCAUCUUUAAAGCGGUAUUAAUGUAUUGAUCAACACUGUAGAUGAUAGAUCAUACAGGAUUGGCUUAAUUGAAUUUAUUCAAUAAUCAAUCUUUUACUCCAACUGUUGUACAAGACUUUAUUAAAUAUGUUCUUAAAGGGAAAAAUCCUUUAAUAGAAAUUAAUAUAAGUCAUUGCAAUAUUGAAAAUGCUUAAUUAUCUAUGAUAUUACCAAAUUUGAAAAAUCUAAAGUCUCUUAAAAGAUUAAAAAUGGGUCUAAUGAGUUUAAGUUCUGAAUCAUUAUUAGCACUUUCAUCAGCUAUGUUACAUUAUACAGGUAAAAGAUAUUUAGAUUAUCUUGAUUUAUCAUUUUGUUAAAUAAAGAAUCAUGGACUUGAAUUACUUAAUAAAUCUCUUUAUUUAUCAGUAAUAACAUCUAUUAAUAUAAAAUCCCUUAAUUUAUCAGGUAAUCAUAUUAGUUAAGAUGGAGUAGUACAUUUGGAAUAAAUUUUAUUAAAAUUAAAUAUUGAAGAAUUAAAUUUAUCAAGAAAUAAAAUUUAAGAAUUUUAGAAUUAAUAAGUUCUGAAUAAGUAAUUAGUAAGGGUUGAUCUAUCAAGUAAUCUUUUUGAAGAAAUUCCUAAUAAUUUCUUUUUAAAUGUAUUAUCAAUAAAUCUAUCAAACAAUUAGAUCAAUACUUAAGGAGCCUAUUAAAUUUCUUAAGUAUUAUCUUAUAAGAAAGUUCAAUGGGUUGAACUUAAUAUAAAUAAUAAUUGCAUUAAAACAAGAGGUUUUAUUUCUUUAAUAUAUGCCUUAAUUGAGAACAAAUCAUUAACAAAUUUAUCAGUGGCUAAUAAUAAAAUAAAUGGAGAAGGAAUUUUAGUUUAUAUUUUCAAUCAUGAAUAAUUAAAUCUCUAAUAUUUAGAUUUAUCUCAUAAUUAUUUAAGAUAUGAUUUAGUAUAUGCUUUAAUAUCAAUGAUGAAAGAAUGUAAAUUAAAGACAUUAGUAUUAUCAUAAUUAAGAUAAGAUGAAAAUGAAAUUCAUAGUGGUAAAAAUGAAUUAUUUGAGAUUAAAUGUGCUAAUCUGAGAGAAAUUGAUUUCUCUUGUAAUCCAUAAAUAAUCAUGCCUAUUCUUAAGAGUUUAUCUAAAUAAUAUAAUCGUUUAGAAUAUUUAAAUUUAAAUAAUUGUCAAUUAAUUAAAAAACCAGAAAGAGAAUCUUAAAUUAAGAAAUCAGAUACUUAAACAUUAGAUAGAAGGAAAUCUGGUGAAAUUCCUGUUAAAAAAUCAGAUACUUUUACUAUAGAUUUAAAGAAAUCAACUGAAGCUAAAUUCUUAGUUUUUGAUGAACAUGUUAUUAUUGAUUAAAUAGAACAAAAAAAUUCAUAAUAAUAAAAUAGUUAAGUUUUAGAAUGUAUUUAUAAUCUAUUAUCUAAAACUUAUACACUUUAAACUUUAUGUUUAGCUAAUAAUAAUUUACAUUAUUUAAAUGAAAAUGAAUUGAAACAUUUAGAGAGUUGUUUUGCUAAUAAUUUUACAUUAGUAUCACUAGAUUUAUCAAAUAAUAAAUUAAAAUCUAAAAUUGUAUUUUUAGUAAAUGGAUUAAAAAAUUGUGGUUCUUUACGUUAUUUAAAUAUAAGUAAUAAUUAAAUUGAAGAAGAUUAUGAAGUGAUUAUUAAAUUACCAGAAAUAUUUAAGAAUCCUAGUUUAUAAUAUAUUGAUUUAUCAUAGAAUUCUAUACAUAGUGCAACAUUUUAAAAUAUGAAAAAAAUACUAUUAAGAUAAUAUAAAUAAUUUCCAUAAAUGAAUUUAAGUUAAUUAAAAUUAACUGCAGAUGAUCUUGUUAGUAUUAGUGAAAUUAUACAUGAAUCUUAUUCUAUUAGAAAAUUAGAAUUAUUUGGUAAUUAAUCUAUUGAUUAUUCAAAUAAUGUUAUGGUAUAUGGAGACAAUAAUAAGGUUGAAUCUCUAUCAAUUAAUAGAUUAAAAUUGAGAAGAGAUAUAUUUGAAAACCUCUUUUAAAUACUUGUUUAAAAUUCAAAAUGGAUGAGAAUAAUAGAAAUAUCAAAUACAUUAUUAAAAAAUUAUUAAUUAAAGAAAUUAUUAGAAUAAUUAAAAUAAAUGCAUUUUUUAAAAGCAUUAAUAAUGGACAAUUAAUAUUUUGAUAGUAAAGAAGUUAUUGAUUCAAUGAAAGAAUUAUAUCGAUCAUUUAAAAAAUUGAAAACCUUAUCUAUACGAAAAUCUACUCUUUCUUUUGAAUUUUUUGAAUUUCUUUAUUAAUUAUUAAUAAAUUCUAAGAAAUUGGAAGAAUUAGAUUUAAGUAGUAAUCAAAGUAAUGAUUAUGAACAUAAAUGUAUUAUUUCUAAAUAAUGUAUUGAAUUACUAUCAUAAGGAAUUUAAAAUAAUUAAACUCUUAAAAAUCUUAAUCUAUCUAAAUGUCAAUUAGAUGAUGAAGUAAUGUAGAUAUUUAUAGAUACAUUACCUUUAAAUAAUUCAUUAAUUUAACUUGAUAUAAGUGAAUGUAAUCUAACAAAAUUAAGCUUCUUAAGAUUUAAACAAAAUUUCAGCUAAAAUCCUUCUUUAUUAUAAAAACUAUGUUGCUAAUUAAUGAUUGAUGAAAUCCCAAAUAAUUUUGUUAAUAGUUAAAGUCUACCAAAUUUAUUCUACCUUGACAUAUCUAAAAAUAAAUAAAAAAAUAGAAGUAUUAAUAAAUUAGUUUAAUGUUGCUAACCUAAUAAUAUCUUUUAAAAUCUCUUCUUCCUUAAUUUAGAAUAAUGUCAUCUUAAUGAUCAUCAUUGUAAAGUUUUAAGCAAAUUGAUCGUAACUAAUUUAAAAGAAUUAGAUCUUAGUUAAAAUUAAAUCACUUUUAGUGGAUUUAAAGAUUUAUUUGAUCCAAUAUUAGAGGGUAAAUCUAAACUUAAAGCAUUAAAUCUAUCUAAAAAUAAAAUCAAUGAAGAAUACUUUUGUUAACUCGAAUAUACAGAAUUUAAUAUGAGAAUCGAAUCUCUAGAAUUAUUAUCUCUUGAUGGAAACCUAUGUUAUGGAAAAGGUUGUAAAGGUUUUAUUAAAUUAUUAUCAUAAAAUCCAAAAUUAUAUAUUUUUAAUCAUUGGGUAAAUAUUAAUGAUUAAUUGGCUUAUUUAGUAAUUUAAUCAUACAUAUAGUUUACUUAAUUGUACAAUUUAAAAUAUGGUUAAUAUAACUACAUACAAUAAUUGAUUAUAAAGGAAACUGAUUUCUCUGAUGACUUUCUAAUUUGGUUUGGUUAUAAUUAUUUUUAAUUGCCUUAUUUGUAAUAUAUAGAUUUUUCAGGUAAUUCAAGAUUUUGUACAAGUAUGGGAAAGAUGCACAUGUAUAUAAAUAUGAUUAACAAUCAAGUUAAUUAUAAUUUGCUAUAAGUAAAAUUUGAUGAGGUUGAAUAAUAAACUUUGACUAUGUUUGAUGAUGGAUUAAUUAGAUAUCAUCUACUAAAAUAGAAAUUUCGAUUUCAGAAUUAUACAAUUAUGUAAAGUAGUUAUGGAAUUAAUGAUCAAAAUAUAGAAACAAUUAAAUGGGGAUUUAUUGGGAAAUUCAUAAUACAUAUUAUUAACAAAUUGUUAUAUGUUUUUUAAGGAUCUCUAACAGAAUUUAGAAUGAGUAGUUAAUUAUAGAAACAUUUAAGAAGAAAAAUGAAUAGAAUGAAAAUUUAUUAUAUUUUAGGUUGUUUAGUAGAACCAGUAUUUUUAAUUUUAGCACUUUUAACAGCAUUUAUGUUAUAAACUCCUUUAUCUUUAUAGGAUUUAUAAGAUCAUAGAAAUUGUAGAAAUCAAUAUUGUUUUAUUAAUGAUGUUCAAAUUCUAACUUUGACUUUGUUCAUAAUUGAUAUUUUAGUAAUUGUAAUGUGUAGUGUAACAAAUUUAAUAAUAGCAAUAAAAUUAAGGAUAAAUUCAGAACCUGACUUUUAUAUUUUGACUUAUGAAUAAAAAAAAGAAUUAAAAAGGAAAUUUCCAAUAAAAAAAGAAUUACUUCUAUUAAUGCUUUAAAUAGUUCUAUAAUGUAAAUAUAUAUUUGAUACAUUAAUAAUAUCAUCAAGUUAUAAUAUGUCAAGUUAUAUAGAGAAAUAUGAAGAUAAUUCCUUUUAAUAAAUUCGAACUAAUUUCUUAGCAACUGCUUAUAUGAUGACUAUAAUGAUAUGCAUAAAAUUCACUAUUUUUUGUUAUCAAGAUUUAAAAUGUACAAUAUAAUUCUUUAAACAUCCAAAUAGAGAUGCUUCAUUUCUCUUAUCUAAUUUAUGGAUGAAGAAUAUCUAUGAUACUAAUAUUCUAGUUGAGAAUGUAAUAAGCAAUUUCUGUCCAUAAUCAGGUAUUAAGAUAAUGAAUAGUUUAUUUAAUUUAAAGUAGAUUUAUUAGCUUACUUAAUUAUUUGUAAUUGAAUUACCUACAUUUUUCAUAUAUCUAUUCUUCUUUAAUAACUAUCAAUUAAUGUUUUCAAAAAUGGGUUAUUAAACAGUAAUUACAGUAACAAUAAUAUUUUAAGUUAUUGGAAUGUUACGUAAUAUAAUAAAAGGUUUGUGUAAUACAUAUUGGGCACUUGUAUCAAGACCCCCUAUUGUAAAAUGGUUUGAUAUAAAUGAAUUUUUAUUGUUAAGAAGAUAUUAACAUUUGGGAGAAAAGAGAUUAAUAACUUAAUAGCCAAUUAAAUAAAAGAAAUAGUUUAAUAAUACAAAGAGUAUAAUGAAGAAGAAAUUGAUACAUAAUUAAUAAUUAACAUAAAAAUCAAAAAGUGAAAGAAUAAUUGAGAAAAGAAAAACAUCAAGAAGAGCCAGUUCAGAUCAUGAAGAAGAAGGUAAUUAAAUAUAUGAUUAUUUAAAUAGCAGAUUGUUUAGUUAAAAAAAAUCAGAUGACAACAGAAAAUAUGUAUAUAGGAACUCUUAAUACUAAAAUGAAAUCAGACUGA